CUUCAGUUGAUCAUUCAAUACCUAGCAGUGCACACCCAUCAGUCGUCACCAAAACAACGAAUCUGCAGACUUUUGAAGUUCAACUAUACAGAAUGGCUGGAAAGAUCGCGAUUAUUUUGGUUAUCUUUCUCGCGUUUGCUCACCAUUUGGCGUAUGGUAAAUCCCAUUUUGAAAAGAGAGGGGGAACAUGUAGACGAAUAACGAAGUGUUGUGGCACUGAGAAGGAAGUUUGCCAAAACGGUGUUUUUUCUAAGUGGUGCUGCCCAUUAAACUGGUAUUUGGACUGUGGAUUCUUGGGUAUGGGAACUUGUUAUUGCAAAUACUUAAAUGGUAAAAAGGAACAUGGCUCAAAACCGAACUGUUAAACAGUUCAAUGCCGGAUCCGGAACAGAAAAGUAAAAGAAAUUGCAAUAAAUUUUGUUGCAAAAUGUGAA